UACAGACAGCAAUAUACUAUGACAUAAAAUUCUAAUUCUAAUUCUAAAUUCUUGAUUCCUACCAAUCAGGGUGAGGCCACUAUUGUCCAGAAAAGCUGAAAAGACACACAGACCAGCCAGGAGACACCAAAUUGUCACGGAAAUUGGCAAGGAAACACUCGCAGACCUCUGAAGUCCUCUGAAGCUGGCUACAAAACUUUUUAGCUGGUAUGGAAAUCAAUGAAACAACUUUUGUCACCUUGAUCAACUCCAACUACUUCCCUGGCAAGUUGUGGCGUUUGGUGAAUGAUCCUCAGAUUCGCUCAAUCUGGUGGGACGACAGCGGGGAAGGAAUACUUGUCAAUCAGCUACCCUUCGAAGCUGAAGUGCUAUUGUCCCAACCCAGGCAGGUGACCGAGUACUUCAGAACGACGGACUUCAUCAGUUUCGUUCGCCAGCUGAACCUGUACGGAUUCAGAAAAAAACGUACAGACCUUGACGUCUAUGACAAGCAACCCAACGUCUCAUCCAUUAAGGACCAACUGCACCACUUUCACAACCCGUACUUCAAACGGGAUAAGCCUGAGCUUCUACUCAAACUAAAGAGACUCACGGCUCUCAACAAGGCCAAGAUCACCGGGAUAGAGGUGACCAGCAGGAAAUCAAAACGUUUCCAUCAUGUGAUGCUGAAUUCGCCACAGGAAACCCCUGCCUUAAUGAAAACAGGUUCAGUCUUGCUUGGACAUCAGGGAACCCCUUACCACCAUCCCUGUAAUGGCCCUCAGCAGGAGAAGGACAUGGACAGAACGUCCAAAUCCUCCCAAGCAUUUGUAGUGGGCCAUGUUGAUCCUUCUCCAGUUACUUUAAAUACUAACAACGUUGUGCCGGUCCCUGUGUCCCACCACUUCCCAGUGGACUCGCCGAGUGCAUAUCCCUCCAGCAUCACGCACAUGCAGCAGGGCGUCAUACCUCAUCACUCACAGUACAGGUUUUACACACCAGGUGUGUAUCAGCGCUGUAGCCCAGACUUCUUGGAUUCAAAAGUACCACGCUUUCAACAACGAGCUGCUUCCUACUCUCCUUGUGGCUAUUACCCUGACCACUCAGUCAGAUACGCUCAUCCGAUUGAUCAGGAUCCAUACUGGAAAGCAGGUGAUGUUCCAGAGUCCAGGAAGAGUGACAUGAAAGAGAAAGAGGGCCUGGACACUAUAUUAAAACUGGCGGAAGAAAUCCAGGCCGAUGUCGAAGUUGCUGCAGAGAUCAGUCACCUGAUAAGACACAUUGAGCAGGGAGCGCAUUUUAUUUCGAGUGUAAUGACUGGAAAUGUUGCCUUUAAUCCUUUUCCUGACAAUGAUUCACAUGACAGCAACAUGAGUUGAUUUAUUUAUUAUCGCUUUCCAGGUAUAUUCCUUUGUACUCCUCUGUAUAACAGAAAAUAGGUAGCAAAUGAUCCUCAAUGAUCAAUACAUUUCACAAUUUUUUCGGUAUUCUAUUGGCAAAUCAUUUUUUCUUAAAAACAGUUUUCUCAAAAACCCCCCACAUUUUUUCUUAAACAAAGCAAAUGCAAUAAACAAUGUACAUCUUGUACAUUGUAAAUCUUAUUUAUUACUUACAGUAUUAAAUUUUUCAAAAUGUUUUCUUUGUUCUCUUGUGAUUCACGAUAUCUUUUUACAGCUACUGUUUUCUCUGUUCUUUUAUUUGCUCAUGUGUAAAGCACUUUGUUUAUUA